AUGUUGAGUUUACAGACUCCUCCGACGCGCCCCUUUGGUGGUGGGGUCUUUGCCUCUGUCUUCUCGCCCUUGGAUGCAAGGCCACCGGCACAAAGCCAGCGCUUCAAAUCAAAGGCCACCUCACUCGUUCCAGCGAUAACUCUACAGUUACGCGCGCAUCUCAAAGUGCUACUGGGCGUGGGGGAUGAGGCUUAUUUCUACGGGUUGGAAGAACCAAACUCCGAAGUUCAUGCCCCCUUCCAGAGCCAAUUGCUCUCGUAUCAAUCUCUGGACCAGGUCCGACAACCUUCCACGAACGACCACGCUGUGCAGAACGCCAAAGACUCGAAAUCGCCUUUAUGGGAGCAGCUCAUUGUGUGGAAGGACACUGUCGGAGCCGAAGUCUUGAAUAAGUUGCUCGCACAAGUACUCGACGACUUGAUGACAGAAUUCGUUACGUGGUCCUACGCCGGUGUGUAUCGAGAAGACCUCCAUCUGCAUCUGGAAUUCUGGGUCGAUCAUGUCUUUUGCCGGGUCGUCAAGGCCGUUUCCUGGACAAUUGGCGGUCGGACCAACGAUUCUCCCCCCAGCGAUCAAGAAUUACGGAAAUGGAGGGAUACUGCCACCGCUCGUUUAGGAGCAUUGAGAGUUGAUGAACUCUUUGAUAUUGUCGUUGAGUGGGAUUCGACCGCACCUGCGAUUGAUGACCUGAAGAAUUUCACGACAAAUCCCGCCACGAGAAGCUAUCUCACUCAGAACUUUGCGGGUGUCCUUCAGGCGCGCCUCUUACACCCUGGAGCAUCUACGAUUGAGAUACUUCAGCUGUACAUUUCCAUCAUUCGUUUGUUUCGAAAGCUUGACCCAAGAGGUGUUUUGCUGGAUCGAGUGGCGAGAAAGGUGCGACGGUAUCUGAGGGAGCGGGAAGACACGGUGAAAGUGAUAGUCACUGGACUCUGGAGUGACGCCAGUGGUGACAUUGGCCAAGAUGGAGCACACGAGUCCGAAAUACUCACGGAGCUUGCCGUAGAGCUGCCCAAGAAUGACAGUCUGGGAAAUAGUGCGGACGACGGGGAAUUCGACUGGAACAAUAUGAAUUGGUUUCCUGACCCGAUUGAUGCCGCGCCAGAUUACAAGAAGUCAAAGAAUACGGAUGUAAUUGGCAGCCUGAUCAGUCUUUUUGACUCAAGAGACAUCUUUGUCAAAGAGCUUCAGUCGGUGCUGGCAGAUCGCCUGCUGAAGAACAAGCCAGACUUUAACCAGGAGAUCAGCAUACUUGAGCAUUUGAAACUUCGGUUUGGUGACUCCGCUCUACAGGGGUGUGAAGUCAUGCUCCGAGACGUUCUGGAUUCGAGAAAGGUCGAUAAUGUGGUCCGACGGGAUCAAGGGAUGCAAGACGAGAACGGUCGGCCUCUUCAGGAUGAUGUUCAACUACACGUCAAGAUUCUUUCUCGGUUGUUUUGGCCUUCAUUUCCGGACCAGUCGUUCAAUAUUCCACAAGUGGUGGUGGACCAACAAGAGAGCUACGAGAAGGGCUUUGAAGCUCUCAAACAGUCACGAAAGUUGACGUGGCUGAAUGGUACUGGUCACGUUGAAGUCGAAUUGGAAUUAGAGGACAGAGUCUACCAAGGCGAAGUCCUCCCCUGGCAAGCAGCAGUGAUCUAUGCUUUUCAAGACGAAUCGGAGGACCCAGUCUCAAAGAAUGUCACAAGCUUGGCCGCAGAACUAAGCAUGUCACCUACCCUUGUCCGUUCAGCAUGUAUCUUCUGGGUGUCUAAGCGGAUUUUGAUCGAGACUAGUCAAGACAAUUUCUUGGUUUGCGAGAAGCUCCCUGACGGCAGUGACACCGCCAUGGACGAAGGAGUUGGACGAAGCGACACUGCUGCAGCUGCGGCGGCGGCAGAGGUGGCAGCAGCACAAGCUGCAAAAGAGGCAGAGGAAGCAGAGAGAAAGCAGAACAUGGCAAUGUACCAUCAGUUUAUUCUCAGCAUGUUGACGAAUCAGGGUGCCAUGCCACUUCCUCGUAUCGCCAUGAUGUUGGGGAUUGUGGUACCUGGAGGGUUUCCCUUCAGCAACGAGGAGCUGAAGGAGUUCUUGGCCAGCAUGGUCAAAGACGGUGCGUUGCAAGUCGGCCACGGUGGUGCGUACAAGGUCGCUUCUCCUUGA